CGCUAAGCGACCUAAGGAAGUAUGAAUUAGUGUGUUUCUGUGAUUGCAUGUAGUAGUACCUAGUAUUAAAUCCUGAGCUGAUGAAGUAGAAACAAACCGAAAUCCAACUAGUAGUGUUGCAGCAAGAAAAUACACAACAAGUGCCACUACCUCUUCCCAAGAAGCAGACAAGAAUCUUCUCUAACUAUUUUUACAACUUCUAUCUACUUACACAUCAAGAAGGAGUUGUUUAAUCAUGUGCUCUACAAUUAGCAGACAGCGUCUUGUUUCCGCCUCCGUGCAGCCUAGCAGAGGAUUGAAAAGGACAACAUCUUCAAUCUUCAAGAAGACGAGGACGGCAUCUACUUCAAGAAGAAAUUGCUUCUGGUGGUGGUGUGCUUUCCUUAACCUCCAUUUCUUCUUCCUAAACCUGGUUCAAGCAGAGGAAUUGGAGCCGUGCGACCGUAAGAGUCAAUCCGGCAAGGAUUUCCAGCUCUAUCAUUGGUGCAUUUUCCAGUCCAGGCAGAUACCACCCGAUUUCUCCGGAGAGUACUACUUUCAUCUAUUCAUUUGAUUCUCGGGAGUAGAUCUAGAUUCCAAUCGAUUUCUCCGGAGAGUACGAUUUGAUUGAUGAGUAGUUUUGCAAUUUUAUCUAGAAGUCAUAAUUUCUUUGAUUUAUUCCAAUCAAGUAUUGAGGUUGAGCUUGAUACACAAGAGACAAACGUGAGGUAAUGUGAGCAUAUUUCGAGAUGUUGUCCUCAGUUACUGCAUGAGAUGGAACACACCCUCACCCCGUGACUACAUCGAUAUCUCUUCAUUGGGUUCUUUCAUCUACCUCUUUCUCAACGUUCGUUGUAUACUGCAACUCAUGCGUCCUCAGGUGUGCCGCCAAAUAGACGACGUGCAUAGUUAAACUAUACCUUACCCCCUUCCUCAGAUCUGCUGCCAACACGACGUGCAUGAUUAAGGAGUGGUCUAUGUAUAUUGGAAUCGUGGUGAUGUCGCUUGGAGGUAUUGCGCUUGGAACAAACUUAUGGGGCUAGUUCAAUAGUAUAUUUUCCACUAGAGAGGUAGAUGUAGAUGUAUCUUCCGUUUAUCUUCCAUUUUAUAGCAUCAUCUUGGUCUUGCCGUUUAUUUUGGACCACAGGGAAUAAACCAGAUCAUAUAACGCGAUGACUACUUUCAAGGUACUAUCUACAACUUGGUCACCUUCUCGUUUUUCCAAAAGGAACUAACGGGAACCAACAAAGAGGUCACUUUCAAAGAAGUAUCUCGGAUCCUCAAAGUUGGAUCCCCCUUUUUCAAGUAGAGAGAGACGGGAACCAACUACAAGAUGACUCUCCAACAAGAUGAGCUUUGUGUUAGAAGUUCUAACAAAUGUUGCCAUGAUUGGGAAAUACCUGCUUUCGGUUCCUGGUGAAGAACAGGUAGAAGAAGGCGAGGAGGAGUUGCGAUCCAGUCUUGGGAGCAAGGCAGACCCGUGAAACGUGGUGUAGCAUCACGGUGAACAUCUGACGAGAGGUCCUCUCGAGAAUCACUGCUGAGCAGGUGCAGAAUCACUGCUGAGGAGGUGCAGACUCACUACAUCCAGCGCAACCAGUCACUAGAGAAGGCGUAGAAUUACCACUCACUAGAGGCGGUGUAGAGUUACCCCAUCAAUCCGUCGAUUGAUAGUAGUAUUCGUUAUCUAGUAUCUAAUGUAUAUCUUCGCUGAACUGACAUUUUUAGACUGCUUAAGAUGAAGUUGCAGUUGCUCAUGGGUGAACUCAGGCUUGAAUAUUUCAUGAGAACUGAACAAUAUGGGAACUCGUCCCGAGAAACAAAGUAAAUGCAUAAGAAGCGGCUGUUUCAAACCAAAAUCUUUUUUAGGGCAAAUGAAAAAGUGCUUUCCUUGAACAAAGUGUACCUUUUCUCAAACUCAAACGUCUACCAAAUGUAGAAGGGGACACAACUUGCAAAGUAGGAUCCAUCUUACUGUAAUAUUGCUCAAAAAUGCGAGUCGUUAUGGACAUCAAGAAGUUUAUUCCGGAGAAACUGCCCUAGGGAGUAGGAAUGCUACACCACUGAGAACCUCAAUAAUUGCACUUUCUUGUGGUUGUGCUUUCCUCGUCAUUACAACUACAAUUGUGCUGCUGCAGAAGACCGUGUUCGCGUUCAUCUACGUUGCUGAUCUACGUCACUAGGACUCUCUUGGUGGAUGGCCUUUGCAGCUCAAGCAGGU